AUGGAGAUUGCUCUGGAAUUGUCGCAACUCGCAAGGCAAGACUUGCGAACCGUUAGGUUGUGGGUUCGCAUGAGGCCGCCCGCUCGAGCCUUAGCAAGAAGCCUUAAUGUAUAUUUCGAUGAGCAUCCUGCGAGAGAGAGCUCAGAAGUAGUCUCAUGUCAUGUCAAAAAUAUCGCAUGGCGCGGUUCGCGAACAGCCGCCGCUUCCUGGCUCGGUCCUCGUGCGAACUUCGAAGGAAUAACCAUAGCCUUUGAUGGCACCUGGCUGGAGUCCAGUGCGCGAGCCAAGGCAUCUAGGCAAAAAAAAAAGUCCAUUCUCGCCCCCAAAUAUGCUGGUCUGGGCACGAGAAAGAGUGCAUUCGACCUUGGACGCUAUUGCACGGCUCAAUCAAGAUCCAUGCAGUUGAGGAGCUUCCGAUCGGGGAUGGCUGAAAUAUCCCCUGAUCGACACCAUUACCGACGAUAA